CAUUCACCUCCUGCAGGACAAGCUGAGUACAAGCACGAAUCUUCUUCUGAAAGCUUUCACCUACCUCCACACCAACGACAACAACGACGCCACAACACGGUCGAAGAAGCCGCCGACUCGACUCAAUCACAAACACUCCCGCCAGCCGGACGUGCCUCGCGCACUUGUUCCGAUCGUUACCUGCACUUAUCAAAGCCACCCACUGCACCCGCUGUGUGCUUCCCAUCCACCAUGGGUUGCUGCGAAACUGGCCACUCCCACUCCUGGCCGACUGAUGGCGUCCUCGUGAUUCAGCGAUGCGAAGUCCGCUGCAAUUUCUGCACCGGUGACAAGGCGACCAAGCCUUGGAAGUACGCCUGGUUCCUCCGACGUCAUGUGCGCGCCAUCCACUGCAAGAAAGGCAAAGGCGAAGGCUUCGAUCUGCAGGUCUCCACACAGUGGAGAGCGCCAGCAGAUCCCACGAACGUGCUAGAGCAGGCAGAGAACGCAUCUCAGAAGUCGAAGCUCAUCAAGAGAACCAGCAUCAAGACCGAAGCCGAAGAUGAAGAUGGCGAGGAGGGACUUGGCGAGGAGAAACCGGAUGAUGUGGCGAAGUUUGGCGCAUACUCGAUGGGCAAGAGCGCAGACACCAUCUGGGUGCCGCAGCCUAUUUACCUCGAUGUCCCAAACCAGUUCUCUGGCAUGAACCGCGGAUUUCAUCCACUCGACCACCGCGAUGUGCAAUUCGAUCAGACGCUGGUGUUCGGCGACCAAGACAUUGACACCCUCAUGGACACCGCUGACGUCAACUCAUUCUUCAACGACGAGACUAUCGGUCUUUGGCUCGCCUCCAACCUCCGUGGCCCGCUUGGCGUUGACAGCGAAGAAGACGACUCGGGCAUCAAGCAAGAAGAUGACGCAUCCUCAAUCAAGAUGGAUGACAUUCCAGAAAUCGGCGAAGACGGUGGACCAAAGAUGCUCGGACGCACUGGGGGCAAGCAGGGAGCCGACGCUGUGGCUAUGCAGUGCGCUGCUUUCUUCAAUGUCGAUGAAGACGGCGAAGACCUUGAUGCAGGAUCCUUCAUGGACGAGAGCGAGGUCCACCCAGGUGGCAAAUUCUUCAUGCCACAAGACGCCGAUCCCGCUGACAUCGACACGUUCUGGUCCAACGACGACGCCCUAGCUCAAGUCUCAAGCAUGGCGAACAUCUUCAACACCGCUCGUCCACCAAUGACCGACGACGCAUUGGAGAUGCUGAAGGUCUUGGAGGCGACUAGCGGGGUCAUGAGCGAGCGAGGUGUCGAUUCGGAGGUCAUGGCGCGCACCUUCGGCCAAUUCGCUCGCAUGCUGGCGCAGCGUGCCGCUUUCGAAGAUGAGUCUCUCGUGUCGCCGAUCGAGGACGGCGAGGGUACUGUGAUGGAUCUGAGUUGA